AUGGACCGCGGGCGCAUCAACAUCACCUCUCGAGGGCGCGCUGCAAAGAAGCGUGCCACUUUUCCAUCUCAUUCUUUUCAGACCCAAAGCCACCCGUUUUCAAACUCGGCCAGCCCGACAACUCCCGAGCCUUCCGCUGUUCUUACUUCUUCUCAGAGGAUGGCAUACACAGCGCCGCAUCGAGGCGGCAAAGCCCGGCAAGCCAACAGUCACUCCUCAACACCUCAUCGCGCCUUGUCUCCGGCGGCUGAUCAGGCAUUACGUAUUACUGCCCGGACAGACAGGCCGGCCCGCAAUUCAACUUUCCACACAUCUUCCUCGUUCAGCUUCGAAUCUCCAUCGACCGCGGGCUCCAUCAUGGCCGCUGCUCGGAAGAGGUCAAAGACUCUGGAAACGGCCUAUGACGGCGCUGCCGAUGAUGAAGGACAUUCAAAGGGCGGUCAUUCGCUGAGGAAGCGUGCACGCAUCGAUUACACCCAAGAGAUGAUUGAGGAUGACCUCGGUCUUCCCGCUAUAAAGAACGAGUUGGUGGUCAAGCCCGCAACUACUCCCAUCGCCCGCAGCCGGAAGAGGAAAGGCGGUCAUGAUGAUUCCGGGGGGGAAUCUGAAGACUUCACUUCAGCUUCACACCCCAAGCGCCACCGCACAGACAAGUCCCCAGCACCAAGUCGCGCAGCAUCCUUCCGUCGGCGCAACCCAUCCAAAAGAUUGCCCGCAGACCCCACCCUUUACGUCGACCAGCCCUCCGACAAUGAAGUGCAGGACACAAUCCUCGUCAGCUUGCCUACAGGGCCUGGCCUGCCGUCUGAGGAAGAGUCAGAGCCAUCAUCGCCAUCCCGUGAGCCAGAGUCUCGGUCGACAUCCUCGGACGAGAGCGAGAUAGCCCGCAUUCACGUGCAACCGCCUACCCCUCAGGUGCAGCCAUCUCGACUAGUCGAGGAUGCAGUGUCUCUCGCGGCAGAGGACGGCGAGGCAAUCGAGGUGGACAUCAAUCCCAAGCAACCCGACAAAAACGUCGGGGUUGCCCCUAGAGAUAGCCCACUGACUUCAAGCGUUGAGCCCGAGCAACCACUGGGGGCCUCUGAGGAUGGGGUCCAGCAAUCAGACCUCAACGUACCCGCAAUUCAACGCCCAAAACCCAUCAUUCUCCCAGACCCUGCCCGUGGAGCAGUAAAAUCCGAGACGAAGACCGCCAAAGAGACGAUCCCGCGAUCCCAGGACGAGUUCUCACGGCAGGCAACGACCGCAGAAGCGAUUGAAAUCCCCGCCGCAAGCAAUACCUCAACGCCUGCAUCAAAUCCGCUCGACGAUUCCAGACUACUUCAACCCCCAGAGGAUGAAACGCUCAGGCCCAGUUUUGCUCAGGCCUUGCCGGACCAAGGACCAAAACCAGCAGGGUCUUCAAUGAUCAAAUCGUUGGAGCGCAUCUACAAACGGACCACCCCGUUUGCAUCUCACCUCAAACUCACGCCCUACGAGGAUGAAGGGGUCACCCUUCCCGGGCCUUACACGGAGUGGGUGCAUCCAGUUCGGACCGCGAAGGAUCAGUCGACUCCUCUCCUGAUGCCCACACGCGUCCCCUCUCCGCUCGAGGGAAAGCCUGCCGAGGAUGAAUGGGACGUGCGCCGCCCCCUCAAGACAAGCGAGUUCUUCGCGCUCUAUCGGAGGGAAUGCCAGAAGCGGCAAGAGAACGGCGAGCCACCCAUAUCAAUGAUCGAGUUCAAUAAUGAAUGCGCUCGGCGGUACAAGUCGGCCCACAGCGAGGACCCGACGUCAGCCACCACCCCGGCCUCAACAACGGAGUCCACAGCCAGCUCCACGGUCGUGGCCCAAAGACCGGGAGAUCUGGUCGUACCCUCUGUCGAAGAUGAAACACCACGAGCCUCCCAGGCAGUUGAGUCUCCAGUGCCCACGACCGCGCCAUCACCCGCUCGCGCUGAGGAAGACCCUAUGAUCCAGGACGAGGCAGCAGAUGACGAACAGGAUGCAGACGAACCACUCGAUGAUCCUGUCAAGCCUGAUAGCCCGGGUGAGCCUGUCGAGGUGACAAGGUAUCCAAACAAACAAUACUUGUUUCCCAAGAUUCGCGAUCCAAACGAGUUCGUCGAGGCGUUUGAGGGAUGGCAGGACCUUUCCACGGAGCACCUGUACGAGCUAACCGCUGCGGCAACCGAGGCCUUGGACGCCUAUCAGCAGGAGUACAAUGAGCUCAAAAAGCUCUUGGACGACGAGGAGAACGCAAAGCGCCGCCAGGCCAACGACAAGACCAUGGCCAACUGGGAGAAUCGGCAGAAGGUCGAUGAGCCGCUUCCCCUGCGGCGCCAUUUCGAUGAUACGGUCAAGGGUCCCGCUGUAUUCGAAGUCCGCGGCGUUCGCGCCCCCAAGCCUUACAUCGACGACCCGGUCUUGGAACACCAGAAGGAGGAGGACCGCGUCAUGGCGCAGGCCUACGGGUUCAAGCUCAACACGCACCCCACCCAAGUGGGCCGGCAAAACCCAGAAGAGCAGCGCUGGGAGAUGCCCGAGAAUCGGCUCCGUAAAAGGACUGAGAAGGGCGCAGAGCUCGCCGACGAGAAUGUGGUCGAAGGGAAGCGGGCUCGGAAGCCGCGCCAUGUCUCGGAUCAAAGCAACUAUCCUAGCCGAUCCGGCACGCCCACGGGUUUCUCCACCUUCGCAUCUGGCCGCCGACAGAGACGGAAGCCUGCCGGCGCCGCCGGGAACGGCGACGACGUGGAGAGCCUGGAGCACGCUCAACUUGCUGAGAGCUUUUCAGAAUCACUUCUCAAAGGGCGCCCAGCACGGGUCCGCGAAAUGGUGCUGGCGGAGGAGCAGGAUCAAAUCACUCCGGUCGCCGAUCCAGACAACAACCGGACGGACGAUGAGCAGGUGAAGACAGACGAGAAGCCUAAGGUCUCGCGCAGACGCGGCCGGGGCGUCUCAACUCUUCAUGAACCACCGACGUCGAUUCUUGCUGGAUCCGGCGGCGAGCUCAACAGAGUGAAGCGCGUGCGUGGCGGUAAAAGUCAGCUGGGGAACCAUCAGGCGGCCGGCGAGAUUGCGAGCUCGUCGUUCUACAGCAAUGCCUCGACACAUGCCGAGUCGAGGCCGUCGACCGCGUCCUCGGACGGCACUGCCCACACAGCCGAGACGGUGGAAUCGGCCUACUCGCUGCGCGACAAGCGGAAGCGCAACUUUGCGCUCGAGAACGACCCGGAGCUCGAGACUCGACCGCAGAGACGCGGACGGGGUGCGGCAGCGCAGAAGCAGGACGUCGUGGAGCCCAAGAAACGCGGACCACGCAAGAAGGAUCCGGCCGCCGAGGAGUCGCUGCCGCCUCCGGACUCUGCGCCAUCCCAUACCCCACGGCCGGCCAAUUCGCCGCCGCUGCAGCAGCCGAUGGCCACCAAGUUUUAUCACAACUUUGUGGCGGGACCCAUGAUGGUGGAUGUGAGCAACAGCUCCCAGCCAGUACCGUCGCAGGCGGCAGGGCCAUUCCUGCACACCUUCAAUGCGACCCCGGCCUUCAUUCACGGCACCCCUCCUCCGCCUCCGGCCCCGCCGGUGGUGAAGAAGCCCAUCACCAAGAUCAAGUUCCGGAGCCACGGGACCACGUCGCAGGCGGCCUCGCGGACAGUCAUGCCGGCCAACGGGGCAUCCGAUGGCAAGAAACGGUCGCGGGGGAAGAAGGCCGAGGAGGCCAAGGCGAACGCGGCGGCGAACGGGGACGGCGAGCCCGACAAGCCGUACGCCGAGAUGACCAAGUCGGAGAAGAUGAGCUGGUCGAUGCGGAGACGGUGGGCCUCGGGCGAGAUGCAAGGCGCCGUCGAGAAACGGCGCAACACGCUGGCCAGCAAGAAGGCCGAGAAAGCGUCGGCAAACGGGAGCCUUCCGCCGGAGGGCGCAGAUGCGGUUGCCGUGGGACAGACCGAUUCAGGCCCCGGUUCUGCGGGGCCGUCGGGACCGACGACGCCUGCCUCGAUGCAUAGCCAGUCUGGGUCUGGGUCUGCUGGUUUGCUCGCUUUGCCUAAAGCUCAUCCCGUCAUCUUGCCGGCCCCGGUUCCGCAUCCGCCUCAGGCGUACUUGCAGCAGCCACCGCCGCCGUACCCUUACGCGCUUCCUCCUGGGCCUCCCGGACCGAUGCUCUAA